AAUUGCUUCAUUGAUAUUCAUUAAAAAAUGGAUAAUAAUUGAUAAUUCAGAAAGAUGUUAAAGCUCUUCAUAUCUUUUUUUUAUGAGGAACAGAUUAUAUUUUCAUUUAAUGUAAAAAAUAACUGAAACUUGAUUUUCUCUAUUUUCUUACUGUUUAAAAAUUACUAAAUGUUUUGUGGGCAGUUUGUUGAUCGAUUAAUAAUUAAUUUGCUAGGCUAGUUAUCCAAUUAUUAUUAUUUUAUAGUACCAAUUUACAGAUAGAUGUUGAAGAGUGCUUAUCUGUUGAGAGUUUAUAAGCAGCUGAAAGGCCUGAAGGUUUUCCUUAAAUAGGAUUUCCUUUUUAUUUUGUAGUCUUGUGGUUUAUUAGAGGUAUUUAGAUUCGACUGUUUUAUUUGCUGCUUAGUAACAAUAUGUACAGAGAAGAUAUUGCUCUUUCAUUCUUUCAUAUCGUAAAAUCCAUCUGUAAAAAUUUCAUAAAAGAGAUAUUGAAUAAUAAUAAAUCACUAAGUAAUAGAUAAAAAAUGGAUUUUCAAGAAGAAAUUAAUGAGGAAUGCCAAGUUGGAAAGAUAAAAAAAUGCAUAACAAAAGAAUGAAUGAUGUCAAAUCAAUCCAUAAUUAAUUAUGGAACAAAUUUGUUUCAUUUUACAGUUAUCAAUUAGCUUUUAACAAUUUUUAUCAUUCUUUUGAACUUUCUGUAAGUUCUCUAAAGCACAUUAAUAUAUUUCCUUCAUUAGUAGUAAAAUGUAAGAAAGUAAUUGACUCACUGUUAGUAAGAUAAGUAGAUAAUUCCUGUAUGAAAUAAUCAAAUACACUAUAUAUACAGAUAAAAGAAUACGUUGUUUGGACAUAACUUUUAUGCGAACACAUUGUAAGCCUGUUAUGAUUAACUAUAGGGAAACAAAUUGUUAAAUAUUAAAUCCAUUGUGUUUCAUACGCUUUUCGAUAUUUCUAAUAAUGUACGAUGUUUGUUUGAAUGAGUUCCAUGGUUUCCUUUGAUGGAAUUAUAAUAUGAUCAAGCAGUUGCAGGCCGGCGACAUCUAUGUGUGAUAAUUUAUACCUAGGGGAAGGUUGCAAGGCAGAAAGAGGGAGGAGAUUAGAGAGAGCUGUAUAAAAGGUAGAAAAUGCUUUAUUUCUAUCUCUGAGCUACGUUGAAGUAGUAUUUGUAUAAAUAAUGAAUAAAUCGGUGUGGAAAGCCGAAGAGUGGAGUCAUCUUGGCUAUAAUUUAACAGCAACGUGGCUAUUUUCCUGUUUCAUUUUGGGAACGACUUUAAAUAUCAUUUGUUUGGUUAUUCUUUUUAAGAUAAAAAGCAUUUCAACAAAUAUGAAUCCUUUUUUUAUAAGUUUGAGUGGGGCAGAUUUAGCUGUGUCAGUCUUGGCAACUCCAUUCUCAUUUAUAUCAACUGUUUCCAGGGAGUGGUUGUUCGGUGAAAGUGGAUGUACAUGGUAUGGCUUUAUAUCGUAUUUUGCAGGUCUUACUCAAAUAACUACAAUAGCUGGAAUUUCUUUCGAAAGAUAUUUAACUGUUGUUAAACCCUUCAACAUAGCUACGUCAAACUCUAGACGCACAGGAGUUAUCAUAGGUUUUUGCUGGCUGUAUUCUCUAAUUAUGUCAUUACUACCAGUUUUAGGAUGGAAUAGGUAUGUUCCAGAGGCUACGAAGACUUGGUGUUCCAUAGACUUUCUAACUAACAAUAAAACUGCUAAAUCGUAUAUUAUUUUUAUGUUUACUUCAACUUUAAUACUGCCGUUUACUAUUAUUAUAUUUUCAUAUUUUUGCCUCUUAAGAAGAGUACGAAAACAAGCCCGCCAAACUAGUGCAACAUUAGGCAAAGGAACUACGGCCGUUUUGGAAAAACGUUUAAUUUUAAUGAUUUCGACUAUGGUGAUUUGUUUUGUCGCAGCAUGGACACCCUAUGCAGUAGUCGUCUUAAUGGGAACAUUCAAAUAUAGACAUCUUAUUGAAGGAAAUAUAACAGCUCAGACUCUACCAUCACUCUUUGCUAAACUAUCAAAUUGCUACAAUCCGUUAAUUUAUCUCGGACUGAACAAACAGUUUCAAGAAGCAUUAAUAAACCUAUUUAGGAUACCAGAAACAUCAAGUUUUCUGAGUAGAUUAGGAACACCUAGCAGAAGAGAACAAGGAAAAUCAUCUCGAGCUGGAGAUGAGUCUAUGGAAUUACGGAGUAAAAGAGACGAUCCAAGCACUUCACAUCAUCUCCAGCCUUCUAAAUGAAAAGAUUCAUUCUGUUGACAUAUACUCUUUUUAACCAACUCCUAAAAACAGCACUAGACUAUACAGGACUGACAAUCAUCUAAAGUAACUAUUUUUAAUAGUUUUUAAUUAAUCUUUUAACUAUGUAGUAUAUCUUGUAAACAACUAUAGCUUUUCAGUUCAUGUUAUUUCUAAAUGAUUUCAUCAUGCACCUUUAUUUAAUACACGUUAUUUUUU